AGAAGAAGAAGAAGAAGAAGAAGAAGUUGGUCUUCUUUGCAGCUUGUCCGUUGGUUGUCCAGGAUGAAUAAAGAGAUCUAAUUUAACUGCUUCUAGAAUUUAGAAUUUUUUUUUUUUUUUAAUGACAAUUAUCUUUUUGGUAUUAAAGGAAAGGAAAAAUUCUGUUGUGUGCUCUUGGCAAUUAGAAUGUGAUCUCCUUAAUGAUGCUAUAGGAUUUUAUGUACAAUUUAAGAGUUAAUAGGGUCACAUUUAUAGCCUCUUUUGAAAUGAUUGCUAAUGUUAAGGACAACCAUUUCUGAAGUAGCUGGACAAGGUUGAAAUUAUAGGAAGAAGAGUCUGCUUCAUUUUUCGAAAAGACUACCACUAACAAAUAGAGAAAAGAUAAAUCUUUGAAUGUGAUCAUUUAGGGGACAAUCCUGCUAAAUGGACAUAAUAUCCCAAUUACAAGAACAAGUCAAUACAAUUGCUGCUCUUGCCUUCAAUACAUUUGGGACACUACAAAGGGAUGCCCCUCCUGUCCGGCUCUCUCCAAAUUACCCGGAGCCACCUGCGGUUCCCUCAGAAGAUGCAGCAAAGUUUGCAGAACAGCCCAAGCUCAUGAGUGCUGCUCUGGUGAAGGCUGCUAAGCAGUUUGAUGCAUUAGUAGCAGCACUUCCAUUAUCUGAUGGAGGUGAAGAAGCACAGCUGAAAAGGAUUGCGGAAUUGCAGGCUGAAAAUGAUUCUGUGGGCCAAGAACUUCAGAGGCAACUUGAAGCUGCAGAGAAGGAAUUGAGACAGGUCCAGGAAUUGUUCAGCCAAGCAGCAGAUAAUUGCCUCAACUUGAAGAAACCAGACUGAAGACAAUAUGGCAGCGGCUCAUCUUUUGCAUUUCCAUGUAAUUUGAUUAAUUGUUCUCUGAGAAUAUACCAGCUGUAAUUUCUUUUCCUAAUUCAAUCAUAUUUCAUGAAUUUAAUCCUAGGGGAACAGACACUAACCAUGGAGUUGCCUUUCGUCUUUUCAGCAAAAGAGUCAUUGUUUGGUCUAGUUUUGCCACGAGGCCGCUUGAAAAUCAUUAGCUUGAAUAAUCGCUCUCUUCUGCUUUUUAGUCUGAAAAAAGAUGUAAAUGAUGCGGAUACGUACCUUUGUAUUUUUUAAUUGUUAUGAUUAACCCAAAAUACGUUGCUUUUA